AUGACGGAAAGAUGGUGUAUCAUUGUAGGGAGGAUGUUAUUACUGACUUAGAGGAACAGAUUGCUGAGCUGACAGACAUGAUGGAGCAACUGCGCAGAGAUCACCAGGCCUCCCGCAAACUGUUGGAGAAGGAUAUGGAAGAAAAAUGCAAUGAGAUGCAACAGGAGCAUGAGAAUAAGAUCAGGGAACUCCAAGAAGCUCACUGUGCUGAGCUCCAGGCCUUGCAAGUGCAGUACAAGAAAGAACUGAGGACUGAGAGGGCCUCUGCACAAGAGAAAAUGGAGGGGAUGCAGAAGGAAUACAAGUAUCUGAAGAAUGCAUUCCGAAUGUACCAGGACAGUGUUUCUGAUGAAAUGGAGGAGAAGUGGCUGAGAAGGCAGGCUGAAUGGAAGAAGAGUGAGAGGACUGAGCGGGAGAAGGCACUGUUACAGCAAAAGCAAGAAUUGAUGAAGAAAUUUGAGCUGGAGAGAGAGCAGCUAAAGAAAUCAUCUCAGAGUGGUAACUCCAUGAUGAAUAAACACUCCCGGCAGGAAAGAGAGGAGUUUAUUAAACAGCACCAGGAAGAUGUGGAGAAAAUAAAAGAGUUGCAAAACAUCAAGGAGGCAAGUAUGGCAAAAAAAGGAAUGCAGUGCCACUGGAGCAACUGUGUCACAUGGUACGGUCUAGAUUUCUGAGCAGUUCACUCUCACCCAGUCAGCAGGACGGGACUUAGCUGAGGUAUUUAAGCUUAUUGAGGGGAUAGUGCACACUGAUCAGCUCCCCUUUUGUGCACUGUUCUGUAAUAGGAGAAGGAGCCACUCAGGGAAUUUAACUGUAAUUUCCAUUGGAAAACGAAGCUUGAUUCUGGGUUCUUGAUGUAGCCCUGGUGCUUUUAUAAAACCUGAAAUAAAAAACUUUCCAAAUAAGGGCAGACCCCAGACAGGGGGCCUGGCUGGCCAGCGAGCCACAUGGCCUGGGUGUCUGAAGGCUGUAAUGGUUUAGUGCAGCCUCUGCUGGCUGGGCUGCUCUCGAUCCCUGACUGUAACAUAGA